AUGAUUGGAUGGGCACGUAUUGCUUUCACUACUCUGCAUAAUAUUAUCAGUCCAGCAGUUCGAAUUUCCAUUUCUACUAAACGCCAUGCAGGAAAUAUCUCCAGCUCUAUUAAAACCAUGAAUAAUGCAAAGCGUUUUACAAAGCCACCCAAGGGUCGUUUUCAAGCAGUCACUCUAACAGACAGUGCUCUGGCUCGCGUGAAGGAACUUAUGUCUCAACAGCCCGACGCUCUCGGCCUUCGAAUCGGUGUUCGAACCCGUGGAUGCAACGGUCUUUCCUACACGCUCUCCUUCUGUACAGAACAUCAAAAAGGUGAUGAAGUUGUCGAACAAGAUGGUGUGAAAAUCUUUAUCGAUCGAAAGGCCCAACUAACUCUCCUCGGCUCUGAAAUGGACUACCAAAAAACUCUUAUUGCAAGUGAAUUUGUCUUUAAUAAUCCCAACAUUAAGGGUACUUGCGGUUGUGGUGAAAGCUUCUCUAUUUAG